AUGGACCGACGACUUUCUUCUCCCGGUAUGGCUCUAUGUUCUGUGAGAACUGUUUUUUUUUUCUCCGACAUAUUUUCAUUGAUACCACUGAAUAUCAACAUGAAAAAAAGGUGAAAUGUGCAGAUGAUUGCUCGCAAGUUGGUUCGUUCCAUUGUACCUCCAACUUCUCAAAUCGUAACAUGUGAGUCUGAAACAGCUGCGAAAUAACUUAUUCAGAUUGGAAUUCGUUUUUUUUCGAUCAAAAAUAUCCUUAAAAAUGUUAAGAAAGAAUUGAGUUCGCGAAAAACUUCUAUUUUUUUCUUCUUUUUACAAUGAAAAGUGUUUGUCAGAAAGACAGAUCACUACGAGAGAGACGUGAAGCCGAGCAAGUUGCUGGUGAUGAGACAUUCGGAAAGAGUCGACGACUGUUUCCCAGGCUGGAUCGAGAAGAGCAACGUCGGCGGCAACUACGUGCCCUACGAUCUCAACAUGGUCUCAUCUUUAUUUUUUUUGUUUUUUGGUCCAAAUAUGACCUGAAAGAUGUCAUUUUCUGAAUUUCAUUUUUUGCCGCUGAGCAGUUGAAGAGGAGUGAAGCUGUCCAUUAAAGUCUGCAAAACUGUUCCUUACUGCGAAAUAAUCCUUUUUAUUUGGCUUACAUGAACAACUUGAGGAGUUUUCAACGAUUCAAAUUUAAAUGAUAAACAGCCUUUUUCAUGUCCUUUUUUGAGGAGUAAUGAAAUCGGUCAGUGAGCAGAAGGUCGAUGAAAAUGAAAAAAAAAAACAAAAAAACACUUGAUGAACAUUUUUUCACCCCAAACACUCUGAUUGUGAGAAAAUUUCUAAUUGUGCCUGAGAUGAAUAAAACGACAAAUCGAUUGAGCCCUCACGUCUGCCGGUGCAACGGCCACUCCGCGAGUUCAUCAACGAUACUCCGCUCACUCGUUCUGGGAUUGUCAUCGCUCAGAUGGUCGGCCGCGGCAUUCUGAUGGCCGACGUCGUCCCAGGUAUCCGCCAGCUGACACUGUUUCCGAACCAACGAAUCCAGAUAUCAUUUACUGCUCUCCUGCACUUCGAUGUCUGCAGACAGCGACGUGGGUACGAGAAAUUUGCGGAUCUAAAGGCCUUCUAAGGUUGAAGAAACAACUUUUCUGAAGCUUGAGAUGAAAUGUACAGAGUCGAACCAGGACUUUUCGAGAACUGCACAUUGUAUCCAGACGGAAGUCCCAUAUUUGUUAGCCCUAUCCAGCGGCUUGCGUUUCCUGUCGACAAGAGCUACCGUCCAAUCUACAGACAAGAUAAUGUUCGAUCUAUUUACAUUCUUUUUCUUUUUAGGCCUAGAUAUGUGCGAAAUAAGAGCUGCCAGUUCGAGUAACCGACAAAAAUGGUUAUUCGCUCUAUACCUUACAGGUUAUUAGCGUUAUAAUAACGUUCUGAAGUAAAAUACAAUGAAAUAAUUCCCAAUAGCGAAAAAAACGCCAAUCUGAACAAACUAAAAAAAACUGACUAAGUGAACUUUUCAGUUAUUCAAAGGCAAAGAAGUCAUAGAAGCUUACAACGACCGGUUGCGGGACACGCUCGAAGCUAUUGCAGAGCAGAGCGAAAUAGUAACAGGAAACAAAAAACUCACAAUUUUGGUGAGUGAAGAACUUUUGAGAAGCAAGGUUCAUCUUUUUCAUGGUAGGUGGUGGGGCACGCUUCAACGGUCGACAUGUCGGUGGGCCUCUUGCGCGAAAAGCCCCGUUAUUCGACCGAAGAUGAUCUUUUCGAGAUAUCUGUUCCCGUGCCUUACUGCUCGAUCGCGCUGUUACAAAGGGUAAACAAUUCCUUCAUGAAAUUCCGAAAAGGGAGAGUUGAAACACGCGACAUUGAGCUACAAGUUUUAAAAAUUAUCAGUUUUACUAGAAACAGAUCGAAGCAUGUGUUGGUAGCUGCGCCUCGAAAAACUUCAGUCAGCAUAUUUAUAUGGAUUCAAGACAAGCAUUUCAACUCAUCUUCUACUUGUGAUUUUCAGAAGAAGAUGGGAGCCGGCUGGGAGCCCAAUCCAUUCGUUGUCCCGCCUAUUACUUACGAGAACUACACUAAUAAGUACAACUCACAUUUCGUUAAUCGUGCCUAA